UCACUUGCAUUGAGGAAAUGGGCGCGGGGUUGGCUUUCAGUUGGUUUGAGAGACUUGGAGUCCGUGGCGCUGAGUGGACACCGCGUGCCCCGUCGCGUCCUCGUCUUCCUGCUGCAGUGCCCAGAAGCCCAGCAUGGCUGAGUUUGUGUGAACCCCAGAGUGAGGGCACCGCAGCUGCCAUGGCAGGGCGGCUUUGUCCUCUCUCCCUCCCCGCCAGGCAGCCCCGGUGGACGGUGGCCAUCGCCUCUCAGGCCUGACCCUCCGGUGGUGGCAAGUGUCUGCUCCAUCCGCGGCGCUCCAUUUCCAGUGGGUUAAGUGUGUGGAAGUGCUGAAGUGACUGGUUGCGGGGGGGGGGGGGGUGUCCCUAGGUCACCAAGCUUGCACCUUUCCGAUUCGUUCUUUUUCCCCAAUCUUGUUGAUUUUAUGGAAGGCGAGGGAAUAAAUGCAGUAAAUGCAGGAAACGAUUGUUGUUGCAUACAUAGAGACCCAACAUUACCGUGGGAAAAAAAAUUAGCCAAGUUACUUUCUUUCUCGUCCUAUGAAGUGCAAUCCUUAUUUUUCCCAGGCGUGGAGACAUUUGCCCCUCAUUACUGUGAAAGUGAAAAUGAACUUAACCUGGAAAGAAGCAACGAGUUUGGUGUUAACUAGGCCAGGGUAGAAGAGACAGAUUAAUACAUAUUAAUAGAAGCCAUCGCUCAGAGAUUAUGUCUUGUUAAAUGAAGGCCUCUGCCCUCUUCGUGUGGUUACAAAUUUCUUUUUUCUUUUUUAUCUUUUUUAUGUGUAUCUCUGUGUACACAUACCGCCAGAAGCCAGGAAAAGGCAUCUACUUCCCAGGAACUGGAGCUACAGAAGGUUGUGAAGCACCAUGUGGGUUCUGGGAAUCAAACUUGCACCCUCUGGAAGAACAGCCACUGUUUCUAAUGGCUGAGCUAUCUCCAGCCUCACAGGUUUUUAAUUUAAAAAUUUUUUUAAUUUUCAUUUUUUUCUGUAUAUGGGUGUUUUUGUUUGCUUUUAUUUACAUGUGUAACUGUGCUGAGUGUGACUGUGCCUGAGGAGGCCAGAGGAGCCCUGAGGAGGGCAUCUGAUUGUCUGGAACUGGAGUUGCAGCAGCCAUGUAGGUGCUGGGAGUGACCUGGGUCCCCUGCAAGAGCAGCCAUUGCCCGUACCUGCUGACCCAUCUCUGCAUUCCAGGCUGCAGCUUUCUUACCCACGAGGCUUUGCUAGUUUGUUUUUAAUUACUGUGAAAGAUUCAUUUGCUAAGCCACUCUUCUUUUUUUUUUUUAAGAAUUAUUUAUUUAUUUUAUAUAUGCGAGUACACUUUUGCUGUCUUCAGACACACCAGAAGAGGGCAUCAGAUCCCAUUACAGAUGGUUGUAAGCCACCAUGUGGGUGCUGGGAAUUAAACUCAGGAUCUCUGGAAGAGCAGCCAGUUCUCCUAACCGCUGAGCCAUCUCUCCAGCCCCUAAACCACCCUUCUUACCAGAAUAGCAUGUUUUGUUUUUGUUUUAAACAAUUUGUACUCAUACCGACCAGAAAUUCACUGUAACCAACGGGACCUCAAAUUUGUGGGUGAUCCUCCUGCCUCAGCCUCCAGGCUGCAAUGUGCGCCACUGUGCCCAACCAGGAUAGCAUUUAAGGUUCUAUUAAUCUCUGUCUCUUCUAAUCGAAUCUCAACAACAACAGCCAGUUCCAAACCCCUCAGCUGCCAAGCCUCUUCAGAGCUGUGUGCCUCGGGGCUAGGAGUGAGAGACAAUGCUGACCGUGACCUGUGACUCAGCCAUGCUGGAUCUUUGUCAAACAGCUGUGCCGACUUCGUGGCGUUCCCAUUUGAUAUGGCUGUGCCAGCCAGAUAAAGCUGGCCAGCUUCUCUUUAGCUUUGCUUGUGGACCGUCUAAACACAAUUGAAAAAACACAGCUCUCAAGCAGAAUCCAUUUUCGAUCCUUGGGUGAAUAACUACCGGAAAGGAAGAAUUUGUCAAGACUCUAACCCCAUUAGUCACUGAGGCAGAAGGCCAAAGCACCUGGUUAAGAGGUCACUUUGGGGGUUGGGGAUUUAGCUCAGUGGUAGAGCGCUUGCCUAAGAAGCGCAAGGCCCUGGGUUCUGUCCCCAGCUCCGAAAAAAAGAAAAAAGAAAAAAGAAAAAAAAAAAAAAAAAAAAAAAAAAAGAGGUCACUUUGGGCGUUAAAGCUUGAGAUUAACUGGCAAAAGCCCAUGUCCUACUACAAACUCUCGGUUGAUGCGCUGCAGAUGGGAAGGGCCCAGGAGCAUCUAGAACAUGGUGGAAGAGAUACAGGUGAAAGUGAGCUCCCCACUCCCCCACAAACCUCAAAGUAAACCUUCAAUAUCAUCCUUUCCUCAGAAAGUGUUCAAAAUUGAAGAUGGGGAGGAAGAGAAGGAAGACAAGCCUCUCUCUCCCCGUGAGAAGACUUGGAAGAAGAGGCCCAAAAAACAUCACAAUCCACUUUGGCCUCCUUUAACCUCCAAGACCCCAUCCCAGCUUACCAAGCCUAAGGAAGGAAGACUGUUGCUGCCACUUCAGUGGGAUGUAAGAGAGCGCCUAGGCAAGCCCAUCAGUUUCGAGAGCAGCUUGGAUAUUUCCCGGUCUUCUUUAAUGAUGAAUGGAAUGAGGAGCCCUCAUGAGAGCCCCUGCCUUAUAAAUUCCUCAAGGAACUUAAACAGCCCACUGCAGUUCUGCCCCUGCCUCUCCUUAUAUAGGUGAUGGGUGACCCCCUGUGAUGGUCAUGUUUAUCUGGAGGGAACAUUUUUUUUAUAGAAAGCAGAAUGUGUGGGUUGGGGAUUUAGCUCAGUGGUAGAGCGCUUGCCUAGCAAGCGCACGGCCCUGGGUUUGGUCCCCAGCUCCGAAAAAAAGAAAAAAGAAAAAAGAAAAAAAAAAAAAAAAAGAAAGCAGAAUGUGAGGAAUGGACAAAAAAAAUAAAUAAAUAAAAAAUAAAAAAAGGUUGCUUCUCAAAAAGUUGCCAAAAAGGUAGCAAGCAUGUCCCUGGAUAUGCUAAUGGGAUCUGGGGCCUGGUUUUUGGUAUGCGAUCAGUUACAUCUUAACCAGGAGGCUCUCAGUGCUCAACUGUUGCUGUAGCUGCAUGGAGGAGGCUCCCCUCUGCGGAUGAUAAAACCACAGGGUUAGUUAGUAUCAUGCAGAAGGCUGAGGAAGCUUUGGGAGCCUGCUUGUCCUGAUCGAUGGAACAUAAGAUGGUCGCACAAGACGAAGCUGCACAGAUUACAGUUAAGCAAAUGGCCCUGGAGAACCGUGAACCCUGCUUGGCAGACAUUGUGGAGACCAGUUAGGAAAACAGCAGACCAUGUGCGGAGGUCAGCCCCUCCUAUUCACAGGGAGUAGCUAUUCAUGUGUGGAGCACCCCCCCCCAUUUGUAGGGAGUAGCUAUCCAUGUGUUGAGGACGGACACACACACACACACACUGGCAGGGAGUAGCUAUUACAACUGCUCCAAGGAAACAGCCCACUACUCAAUUUUUUAAGAAUCAAGAAAAUAGGGCUGGAGAGAUGGCUCAGCGGUUAAGAGCACCUGACUGCUCUUCCAGAGGUCCUGAGUUCAAAUCCCAGCAACCACACGGUGGCUCACAACCAUCUGUAAUGAGAUCCGAUGCCCUCUUCUGGUGUGUCUGAAGACAGCGACAGUGUACUUAUAUAUAAUAAAUAAAUAAAUCUUUAAAAAAAAAAAGAAUCAAGAAAAUAAUUGGGGGAAAAGAAACAAGGCUUGCUUUGCAUGUGGAUAACCUGGCUGUAGGGACUAUUUCCAAAAUAAAGGGAAAAGAUUUUCUGCUACAGGGACAUCUCCAGGCUCUAGCAGAAUGCCACAGGCAAUCACAACUCACACUAAUGUGUCAAAAAACAGCACGCCCUUGUUGUCAAAAGGGUUUUCCCUGAGAAAGCUACUGCUGUUCAAGAUACCAUGAGAAUGGAGUAUUGCUCCCUCCUGUCAGAGCUCAGGGAGAAACACCUUGUACAGGAGAGAAUGAGGUGAUGUCUCAGCCCUCCGCCAACACCAAAUACAUCCAGUGACUCUUGCCGUUCGUCUCCUCUCUACGGAUUUAAGUCAGCCAUGUCGUGGUAUCAAUGGAAAGUUGUGCAAGCUUUGCUUGUCUGAAACCCAGUUUUCUGUAAAGAAAUACUGAAGAAGAGCCAACCGGUUCCUGCAGCUCUCACACUAUGGCACGCGCUCAGGAGGAGUGGGAAUUCCUGGACCCUGCUCAGAAGAACCUGUACAGGGAUGUGAUGUGGGAGAACUACAGCAAUUUUAUCUCACUGGAUCUGGAGUCCAGAUUCAAGACUGAUACUUCAUCUUUAGACAAGGACAUUUGUGAAGUAUAUUCGGUACAGUGGGAGUUAAUUGAGAAAAUUAAAAACCUUAGCCCUCAGGUUUCUGGUCUCAGUGAUGGUCAGGAACAUAAACCCAAGACUGGGCUACAAAAGGAACCACAGGAGGGUUAUUUUGGGCAGUUGAAAAUUACCUCCAAAAAAGUCACGUACGAAAAGCACAGUUUUCUUUCCGAGUACCAGAGAGUUCAGAAUGGAGAAAAGUUCUAUGAGUGUAAAGAGUGUAGGAAGACCUUUAUCCGCCGCUCAACACUCAGUCAACACUUGAGGAUCCACACUGGCGAGAAACCUUACAAAUGCAAGGAGUGCGGGCAACCCUUCCGACAGCGGGCGCACCUCAUCCGACACCACAAACUUCAUACCGGCGAGAAGCCCUAUGAGUGUAAGGACUGUGGGAAGGCGUUUACGGUGCUCCAGGAGCUCACACAGCACCAGCGGCUUCACACUGGCGAGAAGCCCUAUGAGUGCAAGGAGUGUGGGAAGGCCUUCCGGGUACAUCAGCAGCUGGCUCGGCAUCAGAGGAUCCACACUGGGGAGAAACCCUACUCGUGCAAGGACUGCGGGAAGACCUUCAGACAGUGCACACACCUUACCCGACACCAGAGGCUUCACACUUCUGAGAAACUAUACGAAUGUAAGGAGUGUGGGAAAGCCUUCGUGUAUGGCCCAGACCUGCGAGUGCAUCAGAAGACCCACUUUGGCGAGAAGCCCUAUGCAUGUAAGGACUGUGGCAAGUCCUUCAGAAUAUGCCAACAGCUGACGGUCCACCAGAGCAUUCACACUGGGGAGAAACCCUAUGCGUGUAAGGAGUGCAGGAAGACCUUCAGACUGAGACAGCAGCUUGUUCGCCACCAGAGAGUCCAUACCCACAAGAGACCCUAUGAGUGUCUGGAAUGCUGGAAGACCUUUAGCAGUUACUCCCAGCUGAUUUCACAUGAGAGCAUUCACGUUGGCGAGAGACCCUAUGGCUGUGAAGAGUGUGGCAAGGCCUUCCGGCUCCUCUCGCAGCUCACACAGCACCGGAGCAUCCACACGGGCGAGAAGCCUUAUGAGUGCCAGGAGUGUAGAAAGCCCUUCCGGCUUCUCUCACAGCUCACACAGCACCGGAGCAUCCACACGGGCGAGAAGCCUCAUGAGUGCAAGGAGUGCGGCAAGACUUUUAGACUUUAUUCCUUUCUUUCUCAACACCAGAGGAUCCACACUGGUGAGAGGCCCUACAAGUGCAAGGAGUGUAAGAAAGCCUUCCGACAACACUCACACCUCACCCAGCACCAGAAGAUCCACAGUGGAACCUGACGAGCCUUCAGCUGUAUCCCAAGUCGCAACAUGUCAGGAAAUCCAUUUUGGGGAAUAAUUUAUCUUGUGCGUGUAAGUCAGCAUAACUAAGACUAUGCUGCUUUAAAAGCCCUCCAUCCUCACUUACGUUACAUAUCUUCAGCAAAUUUCCAUCCAAGAAUAUUUGAUGAGUGUAGAGAAACAUCUAGCCUCAUCCGUUGUCAUCCACGUCUAACCACCCUCUUCCAGUGCAACACUGAACAGGACCCUAAGCAUUAAUGCCUUGUUUUGCUCACUGUCAAAAAUGGGUGAUAAUAGCAAUCACACAUACCAUUUAUUGUUAUGUAACAAAUCAAUAGAAAAUCAGUAGGUUGAAUAAUAUAUGUGUGUUGUCUAAAGUUUUCUAUAGAUCAAGUGGGGACCCAGGGUCCUCAACUUCUUUUUCUGUCCGGUGAGGGUCCAUACCUCAAGCCCCACAUUGGGUGCCACUUGCCCCCACCACCGGGGACCCAGUUAUUCGUGGGAGUCGAGGGGGACCCAUACCUGCAGGAGGAGCGAGACCAAGCAGUGUCCUUGUCAAGGUCUGUUUAUUGAGAGGAAUGUACAGCAUUUAAAGCUCUGAAGCAGGAAUUGAAGCAGGAACUGAAGCUUGGGGGGGGGGGGUACUGGGAAGUGCCCAAGGACAUAAGGUGAAUCUCUAAACCACGAGAUAUCCUCCUUAGACAAGAGGGAGGCAACAGUCUUCUGGGAACCUGUUCUUUCUUUGAAAAGGUCAAGCCCUUCUCAGGAAUCUGCUCAGGGCAGGGCUCUAGCUUUGCCUAGUCCGGCAGUCCGUCCCUGAUAUCCAGGAAAGCCUUAGUUGGGUCUUUGAGACUUCAGCGAAGGCUGGCUCUCCUCUGACAGGGAACAGGUUAGACACCUGAACACAUUCCUUUAAGAGCUGAUCCAUUGGGAUUCUCAGAUUCUGGAUGGCCAUCAGCUGAAAGAUAAAUGAGGCUCCUGGCCGUAUUGACUGUCCCAGGGUGGCUGCUGUUCUCAUGAGAUUGUACAAGCCAAGAAAGGUGGCUGCUGGCAGGGUGGAAGCCAGCUAGUCAGAGUAAGUGAUCCUCUGUGCAGUCUGAUCACGGGAAGAACAUCCAGUCGUAAUACCAUGUCCUACUGGUUAAAUAUGGUAAUCAGACCAGCUUACUCUCCAGAAGGUCUUGUGAAACUGGAUACCGUAGGAAGUAGGCCGUGAGUGAGGACCAGGUUAGAGCCCACCUGCCGUGCCGCACAGUCGCAUGGAUGACGUAGUUAACAUGUGACCAGUGAGCAGUCAUGGUAGCCUGUAUCGCACUAUAACGUCUGUAAUUCUCACAGUCAGUAUUGUCAAUUCCUGCGAAAGGAAGAUGAGCCCACGGACGUAAUAAAUACAGAAAUGCCUC